AUGAUGAGCAAACACAACAACGUGGAUACGAACCCUAAAGACGGCAAGAUCCAAAAAAGCGAAUGGCACGGGAGCAAACGAACCUGGGACGCGCUGAGCAGCCUGCACGAACCAAAAGCCGAGCUAUCCUACAGACAAGCGCACCCAUACUGCCAUAAAAUCAGAAAGUAUUUGUAGAUCAUGCAGUACGUAGUGUUUUCUUGUCGCGUCUACAAAGAAGGAGCUCCCGCCACGUCUAUUGUUUAUUGUUGAGCAUCUUCAUGAAUUUAUCAGUCGUGAGUCAUCUCUCGUGCAGUUUUCUUCGCAUUACAGUCUCCAUGUUGCAGCGCGACAGGUUUCUUUAACCUCGCCCAUCUUGCGGCUCAGCAUUGCAAAGCUUACUUUGUGCGAGAAAUAAUAAAGCAUAGAGCACACAAACGCAAAUGUUGUCUGGUGGCUUCGCGAGCGUGCGGCUUCUCUCCAGGAUAUCAGCUUUCACGCGAAGACUUCAGUAAGGCCGACGUGGACGGGAACCCGGGCGUGGACAGAAACGAAAUCUACCUUGCGUACCUGCGAAACGGUAAGGAUCAUAUCAGCUGGACCCGUCUGGACAACCUAUUCGACAAAGACCCAGACAACGGGAAAAUUACUCGAUCGGAAUUUGUCGCGAAGGGCGGCAGCAACGAACUGUUCGACUCUUGGGCGGCUACCGCGUACACGCCCGCAGAAAAACCUGGCGACGUCGUGUAUCACCUGCAGCUAAGGGGCUACUUACAAUCUUAACUGUUGGAUACAAUCUUGCGACAGAGGACUCUGGAUUUUGUCUUCCAUAAACAGCAACAUCAUACCGAGGCAGCUCAGCUCCUCGGAAUACAAAUUUCACCGGAAGACGACGAUUCUUGUGCGGUUACUUAUUUGGAGUUCGAGAACAACUUGUCACGGGCGUUCCUGUGUUGAGCAUAUGCCACCAGCAGAUCGUGCGUCGUUCAUUGCAUUUUUUGCAUUGUGUCGCUUUGGUUUUCUAGGUGCAUUUUUUGCAUUGCAAAUCUCCGCUUUAUUGAUUCAUUGCAUCAGUCGAGGCUGUAAGUAUUAAUACCUGAGCGGCCCAUAUCACGGGCAGCAAUACCCUCGGGGAAGAGGAGUGGAAACUACUGGCCGGGAAGGAAGAGAAUCUGGACCAGAAGGAAAUAUCCUGCGAAAGAACGUUCCCACCCUCUCCUUUGUGAAAAUUUGAAGUUUCUCUGUGCUUUAAUUUGGUCUUUUCCAGUACAUAAACAUCCCCAGGGUCAAGAUGGGGAUCUCGCAACACAAAUCCAGAGGUUUUGGGAGUCACGCGUGACAAGUUGCUCUUUGUUGUAAGUAGUGUAAUGCAGGUCAGCAAGAAGGACAGCCGGCAUCACAAAGCCGUCUGCUUAUCCUGUUUGCAGCAUCACAAUUGCGAUCAAGUAUGCGUAUGCACAUUGCUCAUCUUUUUGUCACUCCAAAUCCGCAUGACAGCUCUGCUGGGGUGCAAAGAUUCCGUUAGCAUGACAACUCUGGUGGUGCGGGGACGUUUUUACUCUAGUUGAUAGGAAAUGCAGAAGCUUUAUGACGUGGACGCGCGCGACGGAUGGGCGGGAUACACUUCCACGAAAGUCCAUCCGGGCAAGGAAAACAUCCUCUCCAUGGCGGACCUGAACAAAUUGGACAAGUCAGGAGACAACAGCGUCACCUUCGAAGAGUCGCAGGAUUUCAAAAGCCCAAUGCCGCGCAACCUGUUUCACCAACUGGAUCGGAAUCACGACGGGCGAGUCAACGAAAACGACUUCACACGCGUCGAAAACGUGUUGGAAAAAUACUACCCAGUCAGUACGAAGCAGGAUGGCAAACUCAAUGUGGAUGAGCGCUACCAUCUGGAUCUGCUCGGGUGGGAUGGGGAAGCCUCCCCCGGAGACAGCCCGCCCUUCGAUGAGGUAUCAAAUGCAAAAAUAAACAUCUUUGGGUCGAGAAGGGUGCACACGUUUGUCAUGCUUGUCUGUGGCGUGAUGUCGUGUAUUGCAUGCACCCGAAGACGAGCUCGUCUAGUGUCCUGUGGUCAUGCAGAAACGCAAUUUUUCAUGAGCAAUUACAGGCAACACAUCAUAGCCGCCCAAAGUAAACCUCCUGCUGUCAUGCUUCCCUAUGCAUUGCAGAGCGUUGUCAUGACUAGUACAGUACUCACAGACUUACCUUGGAACUUUCCAGACCCAGACAUAUUUGCAAACCAUGCGAGAGCAAGGCGGACAAAACGCCACUGCGGCAGACCGAGGACGAGUUGGCCGAGGACAAAGACUGGGAGCACAACCGGCACAAACUCUUCGACAACAGGAACGAAGAGCACAACAACGACUAUCUCGACUGGGGAGACGUCAACGACCUGAAUGCGAAGAGCGACGACGCGGCAGAAAAAAAGGUGGUCACCCGCAAGGAGUGGACGGAUGGCGGGCUCGAUGAGGACCUGUACGAAACCCUCGCGGGACGGGACCACAAGCUCACCGCUAGUGACUUCGACAAAGGCGUAUGCCUUGCAAAUAUGUCUGGAGGGUCUCGAAGGAUGUUGCAAACUUGUGAUGCUAACCUCGGAUCCUAACAAAAUUCUGUAUUGCAGGAGCAGCAAGCGCAUUCGAGUUGUUGCUACACGGGCGAGAGGGCAUGACUUACGAAGCUGGAUAGGCAUCAAGAAGCCGCCACAAAAGCUGUGAUCCCAGGGUAUGCAUCGCAGGCAUGGUGGGUUAUCUUACUAUAAUCUUAUGCAAAAUGCGCAUGACAAACCCUAUAGCAUCCCGUCUCCAGACUCAGACAUUAUAUUUGCACUCCAUAGAGGGGCUCCGUGUACAAUCUCGGGGACCGCGAACACGGCUUUCACAUUAUCCUGAGUAAAAACGUACCCACACCAGAGUCAGGAUGGGGAUUUUGCAACACAAACCUAGGAGUUUUGUGAGUCACGCAUGACAAGUUGCACUAUGCAGUGUAGUGCAGGUUAGCAAGUGCAGCCGCAUCACAGAUUCAUCCGCUCAUCCUGUUCACAGCAUCACAAAUUCCAAAACACGCUUGGAAAUGGCUUUCAUGGGCAUGCGCAUUACAAGUCUUCCUGUCUUACAACUCUGGUGUGGGUACGUUUUUACUCAGGAUACACAUCGAUAAGCACCGGCUGGACCAAAUCCGUUGGGAGGCUGAGGUCGCAGACCACUCGGGCGACGAGGACCAAAUCUCGUAUUGUGAGAAAAACUCCCCGUUCUCCAGACUCAAAAUGAAAACUUGUGAUGCUUAUGGGAAAAAUGAAGGCCGUUUGGCGCAUUUCACAUCCAAUCUGUGAUGCGCUUUUGCCUCCUCCAUAGCUGCUCUCUGCCAUGCCUAAGUGCUGGCCUUGACCAUACCCGCGCAGGCUCAGAAAAUGCCUCCAUGCGCUUGCUGCAAUACAGCACGACUGAUAUGUGUGCAGACAUGCAGCAACAGAAAUUUCCUUUUUUCUAUGGGACGGGGCUUUUUUCAUUCCGAUAUCUCGGGCGCGGAUCUCUUUCCCGCGGAAGCCGGCGAAAAAAACGCCGGCCAGCAGGAAAUCAAAAAGUCAGAGUGGAAAGGGUUACCCGAAACGUGGGAAACUCUAGCCGGGCGAACGGAGCCGAGCGGCACGUUCAAGCGCGACGAUUUGGCGCACGCCAACGUGGACGGUGUGCCCGGGGUGUCGCGCGACGAGCUGUUUCUCGCGGACUUGGCGCGCUCGAAGAAAGAAGAAAAGUAUUACACAGAAAAAAUAAACCGGCAGAGCAUAUUGUGCAUAUCAUGUUGCAUCAUGGCUGGUACUUACAUAUUAUUUGUGACGCAAAAACAAAUUUGAAAGAUGAAAAAUGGGCGAUCCCAGUUGUACACCAUGGUACUAUUUGAGAAGAUAUGCAACAGAGAUAGUAUUGCUGUGUGCUACUUUAAAUUUGUUUUUGCAUUACGUUUACAAAUCUGCCCUGCCGGCUUUUUUUUUGUGUGAUCAGACAUUUCAAGAGCACAUCGGAUGGGCGGACCUGGACGCGAGGCAUCUGGUGAGCAAGGACAGCCCGCCACGCGUGAAGCUGAGUGACUGGAAAGAACACGGCGGCUCCGAGGCGUUGUUCCACGCCCUGUCGCGGACCGCGGGAAGCCGGGAUGUGAUCGGAAAAGACGAGUUCAGAGCGCUCAGCAUCGACGGAAAGGGCGACGAAGAGAGCGCGGGAAGGCUGGACCGGGGUGAGCUGCGCAGGAUCUUCGAUGUCGACAGGGACGACGGCUGGAUGGGCUUCGUCGCCGAAAAAACCGGGAACACCCCCGGCCUGCUCACCUUCAAGGACUUGGAAAGUCUCCAAAAAAACGAGGAUCCGAAAAGUGAAUUGACGUGGGAUGAGGCGAAAAAAGCCGGCAUGCCGCUGAACUUCUGGAACCAAAUGGUGGACCCGAGGCACCUAUGCAGUGCAAAUAUCAAGCUGGGUCAGGAAGAUUAAGUACAAGAUUUGUGAUGCAGGGGUCCCAUUCCCCAUGUGGUCUGCUAUGCAGGACUUAGCAUCUUCACAGAGACCUCUAGAAGGUCGCUUGCAUGCCUAUCCUGUCUGAGGAACACUUGCUGUCAACUUCACCAAAAACGAGGGCCUACUUUUGAUGGUCACGCAAGACGAAUUUUUGUGUGACCCUCAGCAUGCAUCACAAGUCUGUUCUCAUCCAGGAGACCCGGACAUAUUUGCAUUCGGUAGCACACGGAUGGAAAGAAAGACGACGUGAUCACCGAGAAGGAUUUAUCCCACAGAAAAUGACAGGCGGGGGAUAUUUGUAAAUGUAAUGCAAUCUAAAAUACGCAAUUGAAAGCUCUGUAUGUAUUGCAUAUCCUAACGACCACGCUAGGGGCUCACCCAUGGCAAGUCUUUCGGUUAAUUUGUUUCUGCAUCACAAGCAUGCCGUGCCUGUCUUUUUCUCUGGCAUAGGACUUCAAGGACGUGUGGAAUGCGGAACCGCUUACACAUUCCGAGCACGAUAAGGCCGGCAAAUAUGCGCUCACGGCUGCCGACCGCGAAGAGCUGGACCACCACGGCUGGGAUGAGGUCAAGGACGAUCCGAACACACUAUCCAUUGCAAAUGUGUCGUGGUGUUCCGGAAACUUUUGAUGCUCCAUUGUGAAUAACUGCCACUACAGUUGUGCUUGUGAGUGCAAUCAAGCAUGAGAAGUUUUUGGGGCGCUCUCUCAUGCUCGUCCUUAGUGCGCAUUACAAGUCGCAGGUGAUGUGCACGACAAAAACAAGCUGCGCUUGAUUUCUUGGUCAUGGAAUGAAGAUUAUUUGCAGGAGUACAGCGAGGCAAGCUCAGUGUGUUCUUUCACUUUUGUGUCAAACCAAGACAUGUUUGCAGUUGAUACACACCCAGUGACGACGACGAUCCAGAACCGCCCAAAACUACGACUCUAUCCUGAGAAAAAACCCCUCCUUCGGAUGAAACUCAAAGGAGGAAUUGUGAUGCGAGAUUUGUGUACACAAAUCAAAGCUGUGUAGUUGCUAGAUGCCAGAGGGGCUGAAGUAUAAUCCUGGGCCAUUUUGCAGGGAACUUGUCAUUCUAUUCUGGGUAUAACGCGAUGGCUUUCUGUCAUGGUGGACAUGCAGCGACCUUUAUCCAUGCCAGAUAAUGCACUAAGCUCCGGCUCGCUUCUCUUCUAGCAUGACAACUUGAUUUGCGUACCCAAGUCGCCUUUUUGAACACCAGUGGAGGGAGAGGAGAUUUUUCAUAAUGAUAUACUCAUCAUCCCCACGACGAUGACGACAACACUACAAAACCGCCGACGUCGGGUAACGUAUCCCUUCAAGAAUAGCCCUUACGCGUCCAUCAGAAAAAAGUAUUUAUCAAUAUGUGCACCUGAAGAUGUGGUGUGAGCCGUAAUAUCUCUGACGAACAAACACCAGACAGGAGCCUUCCUUUCUUGCACGAAUUCGCCUGUCAGCGCGGAUUCAGGACAGACUGGCAUACAGAGAAUGUAGUAUCAAUACGAAUGUACGCCUUCGCCGGACGGAGAGGAAACUUAACGAGGGUUGUAUGUAUCGCAAAGUUGUACGUUGCGACUUUCUGUCCCUCGAAUUCCACUCCCCCCGCCAGACGUCACUAAAUGCUUCGUCUCUUGAAGCGAGAUUUGCAAGGAAGCGCAUUUUAGAUUCGGAGGCGCCGGGGGCUAUUUUCGGGCUGAUAAGAGAACCAUAUCCUGUGUAGAACAUGAGUCCCCGCCACAUGGUCAUCAAUACUCGAUGUUUCCAUGUGGAGGAAUGUGGUCCCUUCUGCACAUAGAUACUUCUUUCUUCAACACUUUAUUCCCAUCCGUGAUCGUGGUCUUGGUGAAGCAGAACAAAAAGUCAUUUAUGACCUCCCCUCAUGAUUAGUGUAAUGGCCUGGGAGGUGCGCCGAGGCUAGAACAAGCCUACUCGUCCUACUCGUCCUCGACGGCGGGCGAAUACAAAGUGUCGCGCCGAAGCUAAAAUGGCCGGACGUGCGUCUUGCCAUCCUCGCUGUACUGAAGCCGAUCGCCUCGCUGGAAAAGAUCGUAUGCGCGGGUGGUGCUAAGGGCACUCGAACCACCGAGCGAAGGCACGAAUCUUCGGGACACUCGGAGGGUGGGCGGCGCUGUGGUUUGUGUGUUUUUCGAAAAGUAAGGACGAGCCGGCACGUGGCCCCAUUGCGUGGAGGCCCAGCAGCGCUCCCCUCCCCCGGGCAGUGGGGCGAGCCACUUAACCUUUGCUCCGCCCCCCCACGCCGGUGAUGCGGGUAGCGGCAGGUGACCGCGCUGGUGCGGCGGAAAAGGAGCGCACGCAGGCUAUUCGUCUUCAAAAAAGUAAGCGUCAGCUGAAAUCGCACGGAAGCGCCACUACGGUGCGUCCUAUCCGAUGCAUUUACUCGACGGCACCGGCAGGUCGUUAUCAUACAUCUUUUUUGAGGGUGCAAUGGGAUAUUCCACCUCUCGACAGGCUGUAGCACUCCAAAAAAAAAAAACAGCGCCGACCACGGCGCACAAAACCACUCCGCAUCCCGACAACACUGCGGAUCCCCAUCACGACAACAAGAAGGACACAACAUCGGAUACUACCAACCACCUUACUCCGUGUAGAAGAGUCCCCGCCGCAUGGUCAUCAACCCGCAAUGUUUGCAUGUGCAGGAACGUGCGUGAUCUGCUCUGCUUCCUCGGCGUGAAAGUACGUAGGUAUCUCACUCCCAUCCGCGGACUGGUGGUGGUAAAAAAGUGAUUUACAUGAAAAUAUCCGGCACUUGGGAGAGGCACGCAGCUCCGUGCGGUGGCUGUGUGAGUUGUCAGUCACUCCGAUGAUACUGAACUUCUCCCUCUCCUUGUUCCCAUGUACUUUUGUCACGCAAAAUAAAAAACAGUAUCUCCGCCUUUUUGCUGCACGUAGAUUUUCAUCAAAAGUUCCGGAAGGAGAAGAAGCCCAAACAGAAAUACGAUCCAAUGGCUAGUUCGUCACGCAAGAGCUAUAAUUUCUUGCGCGUCGGUUGUGUGGUUGUAUGAAUAUGCCUUUGCUUUCCGAAGGCGGAGGGGGGUCGUACACCAUCAUGACUUUGAGAACAACUAAAUUGUUUUGCCUUGCGUGCUUACGCGGCUGACGCUGGCUUGUAAGUUGUGUACAUCACAGACAUCAAUAUCAGAAGGACGCACGUUUUGCUUGACAAUUUUGAUGACCUGGGCCUGAUUCUAUUGCAUAGGCACUACGUCGGAUCCGGCCAAAACAUCAGUCCCCGUGACAAACGGACCGGUCCCGCCCUCGAGCCCCUCGUCGUUAUCGGGGAAGCAAGCGCUAGCAUACCAAAUGAUUUCUAAUGCAAAAAUCAGCACGCGAGUAAAUCUGACUUGUAUGCCUCCCACUCCACGCUGUGGUCUCGUCGCGCAUAACAAACUAUGAUUUCAUCUGGUAAAUGUAUUUGUGUAUUACAAAGAUGGUAUGCUGGCUAUGUAUUUCUAUGUGAUACGAGAAAGAGCCGCAGACGCAGUUCGACCUGAAAAAAUAUUGUCUAGAGCAUCCUCUAUAUUGCGGUGCAGCAGGAGUAGUGGGCGGCGCUGCACUCGGUGGCCUCGCCUACGGUGCUUUUGGUCGAAACAAGCGAACACGAGCGCCGCGACCCCAAGAGCCACAGUCCGACGCAUCAUCCGAUGAGCCGGCGAGAAAUGAUACACCAGAGAGGCCAUGGGACCCGGUAGAUACGACCGACCGACCGCCGCCCCCGGAGCCUGAUCAUGGUGCUGCUGCCCCUGAUUCUGGGGUAACAACAAAGGUCGACGUGCAGGUGGACAGUGGUCGUAGACGACGUGGCGGCUCCAGUUCCAGGAAGAGUUCCAAGAGUGGUUCCAAAAGCAGUUCCAAAAGUAGUUCCAAAAGUUCAUCCAGCAAAAAUUCCAGAAGUAUCAAAUUGAAAAGUGCACCGCUCUCAGGAAGUGAAAGGCAAAGUCUCAAAGUCGCUCUAUGAGACACUAUCUUGUAUUUUUGCAUAUACUGGAACGCAACGCGUUUUGAUGUCUCAUCGCAUUUAUAGAGUAGACUCAGGCAUAUGCACUGCACCCUGUCACUUAUAGUGCGCAGCUGUGCAACACUGCUUCUCGCUAAGUAAUAUUCUGCAUCAAAAUAAAUCGGUGAUGUUGAUGCAUGCAAAGUGGGAGAUCUUGAUUCCUUGGGGAAGGCCCUGCACUUUUCAAAAUGAUAACCAAGGAAAGCUCUUCUUCGAGAUCUGCGUCGUCUUCUCGAAAAGGAUCAGCCUCGUCCUCUCGACGAUCAUCCUCGUCUCGAUCAUCCAGCCGUGGCGGUUCUUUCCUGCAGCAGGAGCCAGACGAGAAUAUCCUGUGUAAAAACGUCCUCAACCCAGAGUUCUCAUGCAAAUCCGCAAGCCUGAAAUUUUUCUCAUGCGCCCCCGCUCCUCCCUCGGGCAGGAGAUCCUGUGCCUGUGGCGCUGAGUGCGCGUGUCGACUCCAUGAUGAUGAUGAUGUGCAGGACCAAGAGCAGCACUUCUUACUGUUGUCUGGGAUUUUGUCAUGCUGGAAUCAGGAUGAGAUGAUCGCAGUAUCUAAACACAAUCAUACUACGUGCCCAAAUUAAUAUUGUCAUGCGCAAUAGCCAACAUUUGUUGAGGUUGACUUGUGUAAAAAAGUGCCCAUUUUUACCCUGGGAUUAUGGGGCCUCGUUUUUACACAGGAUCAAGAUGAAGCCAAACAACGGAUCGCAAGAACUGGACGAGAAGGCCCAGCGUGAGGAACAGGGUGAACAAGUACCGCCAACAGCAGGUCCAGCGCUCGAACGGGAGCAAGCAUCUGGUCAAGUGCUACAACACGAAAUUGUACGAGGCGACCACGAUGAUGCUGCUUCCCCUACCUCAUCGGAGGAAGAAGCUGAUCCGUACGACACACACAACGCAGCCGACUGGGAUUCCGCCGAUCCCCUCUCCUCGCCCUUGCUCCACACCACCACCACGAGUACUUCCACCUUUUACGUGGGGGCGCGACAGCAUGAGGCGAGAGGUGAGGAAGAUUUGAAUUAUGGCUUACAGAAAUUAGUUCCUACCCUUGUUCCCGAAAGCUUAGGUUUGAAAAAAAUGGAAACAAACCGCGAGGGGGGUUUAGCUUGCACACUCUCGCAGUCGCUUGGAAUGGCCGAAGGCCAUGAAAAAUGUGGCUGGGAAGCAGCCAGCGCGCGAGCUUGGGGGAGAAUGGGCAGCCGUCUUCGGCGGGGCUGCGGCGCUUCUCCUGCCGGGCUGCCAGGAGUGGGCCUUGCGCUCCUGCUCGUUGAAAGCGAGUUGCUUUGAAGUGCCCUGCUAUUGGAAACGAAUUACUUGCAAUGCCUUGGCAUAGCAAGUAUUUUGUUUGCUGUGCUAGUAUAUUGCAAGUUAUUCGUGUUCAGCGCCAGGUCGUUGAAAGCAACGCGCCCUCAAUAUAAGGGGUCGCCUAGCAGCUGCCACACUUUAGCCUUUCGGAAAUGCGUUCCCAAGGUUUGCCGGAAAUUCUGGGAGCACAUUUCGGCAAGGCCCCCACGUCGGCUUUGUGCUCUGGCCGGCAGUAGGUCUGAAGACCUCGCGCAAAAUCAUCCGACGUCGGGGAGAUAAAGAAGCGCGCUCCUAAGAUUUUCGCCGCGUCGAGACCUGGGAUCAUAGUUCUCCUAAGCCCCCGCCCAAGAUGAUGCUGUGCGGGUUUUUCUGUGUUUCAAGACCAGAACACAAACUCGGGUAGCAUUCUCGUGCUCUGGCCUGCAGAAUUGUGCUCCUAAGAUUUGCUGAUAUCGAACUCAAAUCCGGGAAUUCCUCAGAUGCGAGCUCACAUUCGAGAACUCCUCACAUGUGAGCGCACAUCCAAGAGUUAGCAGGUCAGAAGACCUGCGCAGCAUAAUUUUUCGGAUGGGACUUCACCUCCGAGGAACUCCCGGACGUGAACUCACAUCCAGGAAUUCCUCGCGUGUCAGCUCAUAUCCGAGAACUUCUCGGAUGUGCGCAGACAUCCCAGGAGUUAGUAUUUGAUGUGGCGAAAAUCCUUGGGAACAAAUUGCUGGAAGUCACCUGCGUAAGACGUGUCGUCAGACCGGGAUUAUCGGUCGAAACGCAGAUCCCACGCACCUGCUUCAAAAUUUUUGAAAACCGAAGCUUUUAGGAACUGCUCUGGGAACUAAUUUCUGAAAGCUCUAAUUGCUCCAAACCACCACCACGAGUACUUCCACCACUUACGUGGCCGCGCGACAGCAUGAGGCGAGAGGUGAGGAAGAUUUGAAUCUUCAUAAGGAAAAGCCUCGGUUUGAACUUGGAACAUAAUGAUUUUUGCACAGGAUAAAAUCCAUCCUGGAAUCACUAGUCACGGCAAAAAUACUUCUUGGUAACACGUGUCAGUUUGCCCCUGUCUCGUUUUGUUUUAUGCUUUUAUUUACGGAGCUGAAUUAAUGUUGAUUCGACGAGGACACACAAAAGAUAAAGAUCCACAUCCAACACAGCAACAUCUCUGACGAGAACAGCCUGCGCCAAUGGUGGUGCCAGAAGUGAUUCAUCCCUGUCUUUUAAGCAAAUUCUUACUAAAAAAAAACCUAUCCAGACAAGCAUGGCGAGUCUGGCGUGGGCAGUCUGGCGUGGGCACGUUUUGACUCAGGAUAUGAUGCGAACGUAUCAAAUGUAAAAAUGUCUGGGUCUGGAAGAUUGCCGGGUUUGUCAUGCACAUUUUGCAUGACUCCUCAAGUCUGUGAGGCAUGCCCUAGCAUCACAGAUUUUUAGAGGGCUUCCUGAUGCCUAUUCCGCAUGACAAGUGCUCUCUUCGUGCUGCAAAAUUUGGACUCUCUUUGCUGCUCAUGCAAUACAGAUUUUUUUAGAAUCCAAAAUCAGCAUGACAAGUUGUAUUCUUCCAGACCCAGACACUUUUACAUUUGAUAGAACGAUCCCGGGCCCGAUACGUGGAACCGAGCGACUCGGGUGAAGGUAGGUCCCAAGCUAUCCUGAGUAAAAACGUCCCCACACCAGAGUUGUAAUGCAGAUUUGCAAGGACAGGAAGACUUGUAAUGCGCAUCCCCAUGAGAGCCAUUUCCAGUCGUGUUUUGGAAUUUGUGAUGCUGUGAACAGGAUGAGCAGAUGAGUCUGUGAUGCGGCUGCACUUGCUAACCUGCACUACGCUGCAUAGUGCAACUUGUCAUGCGUGACUCACAAAACUCCUAGGUUUGUGUUGCAAAAUCCUCAUCCUGACUCUGGUGUGGGUACGUUUUUCCUCAGGAUAGAGUACUUCCACCACUUACGUGGCCGCGCGACAGCACCGCGUCGCCGCAGGAGUUGGCACAGAAGGCGCAGUGGAUCCAAACCUGGAACAGCAGUGGCCCACCGCUGGAGAGGUGUUGAUGACGCGGGACAAGAGGCCUAGCGCACGCGAACCGCCGCGCGAGGAGGAUCAGAAUCUCUUUUCGCAUCACGGCGCGGAGUCGCCUCUUGCAAAACAACGCAACCAAAAUGUUCUCCCGCAGCAACCUAGUAUCGGAGAAAGUGGACCGGCGGACCACAAGCGGCCCAGCAGAUUUGCGAAAAAGAAGCAGAGGCCGACCACCAAAAACGCACCAGCGACGGCGCACCCGGACGACCACAAGCGGCCCAGGAAAUUUGUGGAAAAGAAGACGGCGACCCAGACAAAUGCAGCAACCACGUCAGCCUCCUCCCGUGCCUCACUGCGGGGAGCGGGGUCCGGCCAGGCUGGGGAACGAGCGGCAGAAGCGAAGCCGGAAGUUUUCGAAGAGCUACAAGGCAAAGGGACUCGAACCAGUGCGGGAUCGAGGCAGUCAGUCGUGCAGAACGACGUCAGCAACGAGCGUGUGGGUACCAUCGACAUGAAUGGUAGUACCGAGAGGGCAGUGCCGACGUCGGCUCCCACCACUGAAAGGACGAACGAAAACGGCGAUGUUGGGUCUGCCGCUGCUGCAACUACUUCGCAUGAUCGACGUGGAGAUAAGCGCCACAGCCUCCGCGGGCGGCGGAACGCUGCCGGACUUGCAGAGCACGCGGUUUCCGAAACAGCUGGAACAAGCACCAAGAACGAAGUGGCGCCAACCGAGAGCUACAGCCUGCAGGAGCAGCCCGCGUCAGUCUCUCUGCCGGGUACUAGUUAUGUGGACGAAUUGACGCAGCAAGAGCCGCCGCGAAGACCUGCGACCGAGAUUCUCGACGGUAUCAGCUCCUCGUCGCCCUCGUAUGGGCUGAAGACUUCGCGCGAUCAUGGAUCCAUUGACGACGGGAGUGAUACGACCACAUUUUCGAGCUCCACCAAAAUCUCUGCUGUUUUCUCUUCCCCCAGCAUUUUCACCACCACCAGUUCCCUCCUCCUCUGCAUGCUGUUCCUCGGCGGGUGUGCGGCUCUGGUCCUGCGUAUCAGAGAACGAAAUUGAUAAGAACUAUUCCACAGCGAUCCCUCAGUGUCAUAAUUACCUUUUGUAAAUGAACGCGAUGAAAAAGUAGACUGUGUUUCGAGAGCUGUUGUCCGAGCAGCAGCAGCAGUGGCUGUGAGUAUUCGAGGAAGUAGAUACCCGGAUAACAAUUUCAUAUGCGGAGGCUUCGUAUGCCAUAAAAAUCAAUAUUGCUUUUCGCUCCACAUAAGUAAGUAUGCCUCUAUAGCUGGGUAGCACAGGACAAGGAAAGUUCUAGUACUCCUGCAUUCUGAUAGUGCGGGUCGCGCGCGGUUGGAGAGCGGGCGUACGUGUUGGCCUGCAGCAAGACUUCUUGCAACGGCAGCUGAUCGCGCAGGAAAACGAACUGAUCGAGCAUAUCACACAGGAAAAAAAUAGCACGCUAUGUUUGUAUGUGGAACUAAAAAGUGCAGAAAUCGACAAAGAAAAUGAUUGGCGAUGAACUGCGGGCACGUAGCAUGCUGCGUCAGGUAUACCAGACAGAGAUGCUUAUUCUCUUGCAGUGAUGUUUCUUGCAUUUGUAGUGAUGUUCUGCAAGUAUAACGCGCGACCUUUUUUCUCUGGGAUUCGAAAGACAGACGAACAUGCGGAAGCUGCAGGCUCACACGAGACGAACAAGAGCGCGGCGCCAAGCUGCAGCCAGCCGGAGCAGCAGGAUAGUGCGGCGGCCGUCGCCGAUGCAAGUGAAGGCGAGUCUAUCCUGGGGAAAAAGCCACUUUCCUGUAUUUUCUGGCGAGGUGGUUGUGCGCUGCAUUGGUUACCCCACCGGACUAUGAGUGAGAAUGAUAGAAACGAGGAGAAUAAAACGAAGAAGACUUCUGGGUUGCGACGGCGUCUAAAUGCAUGCAACCUGGACGAAAGAUAUGCAGCAAUCUAAAGGGAAAGCUUGGCGGAUACCAUGUGCGCAAUGACAAACUCGUAAGGGUGACAAGUGCAUUAAUUCAAAUCUUUCUUGCGAGGGGCGAGCAGCAUCUCAUCUGCCUGCACAGUGGUCCUCUAUACAUUACAUCAACAAUUAAUUGGCUUGCGGCCAAGAUUCGCCGAAUUUACCUCGUCCAAGUAUGAUCGGGCAGGUGGCUUUUUUCAAUUUGAUACGCAGGCCAGCGAGCAGCACCACUCUGGCGAGCAGCGAAGGCGAGGACUUCCGCCGUGCCUGAGUGUUGCCAGGUAACAGUCGUGAUCUGAUUCAGGGAUAAAGCAAAGAAACUUUCUAUUUGUUACGAAGAUGACAGUGGGAAAACCACAAUCAAUAUAGAUCUUUUAGGAGACUCGCAUGCAUACAGUCGGGGCGAGCGACAUGAACUUCCGCUCGCGCAAGUGAAGCAGUAGAAGCCCGGACCUCGAAUGAUCAGGAGCUGAAUCACAAGUGGACUAGAUUUUAAGCAACGAAACAAACAGGUAGAGAGAACACAGAGAACAAGGACGAGAGGUACCCAACAAUGGGACCGCCGGACGGUAAAGGUAUCAUGACAAGAGUAUCCAAGUUUGCCAUUGAAAAUUAAGAAAUUUCUUUGAAGAAAUACCUAUCACCCGUGAGACAGCUUUGACUUUCUCGACGCGAACACUAUAUCACUGUUGUGAACAUCCGAGGAUUGACUGAAACUGUAUUAUUAAAACGUGAACAUCGACAUCUACACCUAUUUGCUGAAAAACACAAUUUCCAUUUAUUGUUUACCGCAAGAAAAUACGCAAAAAAUCUUGAACUUGCUUACCGUCAUGAGAAAUUAUUGAAGAAAUACCCCUCCUCACUCCGCUGUCUUGCCAGAGUCGAAGAUACAUGAUUAAUUGUAUGAUGGAACCGAACCAAGUGAGAAACAAAAAUUUUUGGUUUAGGGUUUCGGCUUGUGCUCAGGCCUGAGAGGCGACCACACUGCCUCUUCCUAGUCGUGUGCCAGGUCGCGAAAAGAUGUAAGCCCGCGUCUGUCUAUCGAGGGUUGGGGUAAGAGGCAACGCCAAUCGCCACUAUAUCCACUCCACAGAAACAAGUGUUUAUCAUCAAUGUCAGUCUUCCAAUGAAUUAUUGUUUGCCAACAGUUUGAAAUUAAUGCCUACUUCAUGUAACAACAACGUUGACCGUAUGAUAAAACAAGAAAAGUCGAAAGAAAGUCUCGCAAAAAAAAAAGUGCCUACUUACACAGCUAUGUAGACCCAGGUAAAAAACCACUGACGUACAUUAGCCUUUACCGUUGGCAACUACUGGAAGUUGCGUUUGCAAUCCUAGAUUAGAAUGACGAAGCCAACUGAUACAACCUGGAAGGAACCGUCGAAGGCUAUGCUGCUCCAAAAGCAAAAGGACGAGAAGUGGUGACAUUCCAAGAAAGCUGGCGAUCAUCUGCGAAAGCAACUACUUUAUCCUAUUGAAUAGAAUUAGCAGCGAAAUGAUCCGCUUCACCUCCGAUUCACCCUGCCCCGGUGAUGCCGCGCUUCCGAAGUGCUGGUUGUGCGACCAGCUCUACUAACUUCGUUACUCAAGGAUGCACUUAUGUACUUAAGCGACGCACGCGCGAGCCCGGAAUAAAAAACAAAGUAGGCGGCAUCGCGGGUAAAAGCCACUAUUAAUCGCAGCCCCACGAACAAUCCAGGUCUCGCGUCUGCAUUGCAGAACAAUUUGUAGGAGCUGCCACGGUAAUGCUUUUAUCUCGACCUCAGUUUCACACGACCGACGUGUUGUUCAACCUGCCUACCUCGAAAUUGAUUAAGCAACUAUUUUUGUUGGUUUAGAUUAUUUACAGCAACUUGGUAUUGUGACUUGUACAAAACAGCCAAUCGAAAAAUCAAUCACGAUGCCAGAAAAAGACUAAGUGAAAAAACGAUAAAGAUGGUAUAGCUGACAGAAUGAGAAUUCAAAAGAUUGUAUCUGAUUAUACCAUUACAAACUGCAGCUUGCCGACGAAGCAAAAUAUCGGACGAGAAAAUUUUAUGGCGACGAUAGAACAAAAAUCCAUGCCAUCGUGUCCCGGGUCGUCGUCGAUUCAGGCGUUAAUGUGAUUUUGUAUUGCAGAAAACCCUAAGCAUUGUGUUUUGGCAUCGUUUUCGCACCGUAUAGUAUUUCGUGUUGUUGAGCGAGAACGAGGCUCGGCUGG